AGUGUCACGAACCAUGUCUGCAAUAUCCACACGGGCCAUAGUCCGCUCUACCCACGGUGCCUACACAAGGACGUUGGAGACAAACAGUGGAUUGUGACUGGUUCACCCGCCCACACGAAACUGAAGGCCAUCGCAAAUGCACCUUUGUUUGCAAAAGAUGUGAAGCAGCUGUCUCCUAAUGCACAAACAUAUGGAUUGGAAUCAUUCCAUAACGUGCUCAAUGGAUUUGCACCCAAAUCGACAGCAUUCUCGUAUGAAGGCAUGGCUGCACGAACAAUGAUCGCCAUACUCCACUUUAACGAAAACAGUAGCCGCCUGCAAGCUGUCACAAACGAAGGGCAAGAGCAAUGGCACAUCAAAUCGCCAAAAGCCCAAAAAGGUGCAACCACUGUGUACCCCCAGAUGACCCCCGUGACUUUUGUUAAGUGUAGCUCAUUACAAUAUAGAAUUUACACUGCAUAUAGAAUUUCAACUGUAUGA